GGGGUGAGAGGCUAUUUCGUUGUAUCAUUGAGGAAGGACCUCUCUGCAGUACUCCUGUUAAACUUCCCUUCUAACUCUCUCUUUUUCUCUCUCUUGAUUCCUUCCUUUUGAUUUGUCUGUAAAUUUUCCUUCAUUUGAAGCUUUCAAAAUCAUCCAAGAGCUUGAGGUUUUCUUCGUUUUGGUUGGUUAAUCGAUCUAAGAUGCUCGGUUCUUUGACGAGUUUUGAGGCAUUGAAACUGUUUAAAGAGACUUGAUGAUAAUCGAAGAGGGAAAUUUGAAUCUGAGCUUUGUGUUUCGUUGGCCGAUUCUGUAAUCCUUUUUUUCUAAAAUCGGAGUUGAUUUCCGGAGAGGCGCGAGGGGGGAAGACUUCGAGUUUUGGAGGUUUGAAAAUUGAAAUCAGUGUUUUAAGAUAAAUAUCCAAGCGAUUUCAGUGGUUCGGUGAGGGUCUUCUGAGAGAUUGUAACCUUCUUUGAAAGUGGAAGAAGAAUUGGAGUGACAAAAAUGCAAUCGAUUAUUGGAGCCUGGGAUUUAGAUUUUCAUUUUGCUUGUUUUCUGCGGUGAAAGAAGCAGAUUUCUGUUCUUCGUGAGAGCUGAUUCUUGGGGGGGAGGGGAAUCCAGAUCAGAAAUUUCAGGUGGUGUACAAUAAUAUAUAUUAUAAAAUUAAAAAAAAAAAAGCACAUGGAGAAGGAUCAUCUCAGAAUCAAUAGCCAUGGCAGUUUCGUUAGUAAUAAUCUCAAUGGUAGGGAUAGAACGGCCGUGGAUAGUUCGCUGUUGUUGCGAGCGAGAUCUGAGGCCGCUGCCGCCGCCGUCGCGACCAGGCCACAACCCACACCGUCAGAGUUCGUCUUACAAUGGGGAAACGGGAAGCGUCUCCGGUGUAUGAAAGUCCAGGUCAAGGCCAGGGACGUUUCCGCCGCCGCCGCACCGGUUCACAAAACCACCGUCCGAGUCGAUCGGCGGGUCGUUAGAGCCGAUAGAGACUCGAUUAUAAGACAGAACCACCAGCCGAGUUCCAUUCAUAACUCUAACCACAGUAAUGGGCACUUGAAUCUUCGUCAACGGCCGAUUUCUCCUCAACCGCCAGCUCUACCGCCGCCGCCGCCUGCUCCUUCUCAGCGUAUUCUUAGGAACUCUGAGAUUUCCGGUGUGAUGAAAGGCCAAUCCAACGGCGGUGUCAGAGCAAUCACUUCACCGGACAGGGUGGCGCCGGAAAAGAGACCGCCGUCUAAUCACGACAACCACCACCCCCACCAUAAAUCCGCCGCUACAUCAGACACCAAAAAGGGUGGGUCGUCUUCCGGCAGCGGAGAAGCCCUAGCGCCACCGUCGCAAGGGCAGCCGGCGUGGCCGCCGAAGUUCGUAAUAGCUCUAACGAACAAAGAGAAGGAAGAAGAUUUCAUGGCGAUCAAAGGGUCAAAACUGCCUCAGAGACCCAAAAAACGAGCCAAACUUAUUCAACGCACCAUCAAUCUGGUGAGCCCAGGGACGUGGCUGUGUGAUCUAACGCUAGAGAGAUACGAAGUUAGGGAGAAGAAGAUUUCUAAAAAGAGACCAAGAGGGCUGAAGGCAAUAGUGAACAUGGAGUCGGAUUCGGAGUGAGAAAGGGAGAGUUUAUCAUAUGAACAGAAUCAACAGUGUUUUGUCAAAUGAUUUGUGGAGAAGAGGGGAAGUUUAUGUGAAUUAUAUCAUAUAUUAAAAUAUAUAUAUGAAUAUUAGACUUAAAAGAAGAGGAAUUUAUUUUC